AUGUCGCCACGAGGCACAACGGCCCAGGGAGCCCCAACACUACGAGGAUGCACUUUCAUGGCGCCCAUGGGCAUUAGGUACUUCUCUGCGUCCCCCGCCAGAAAGGCCACAGUUUGUGUGCGGAAUCCUCUGAAGGAUGAAGAUGGCAACGACAUGAUCCUCGAGAUUACACCACGGGCAGCAAAGCGCCUGUCCACGAUCAUGACCAAAGAUGCCAACCCUGACCUUGGCCUCCGCAUACAAGUCGAGUCAGGCGGCUGCCACGGCUUCCAGUAUGUCAUGAGCUUGGUGACGAUCCCACCGCCAGAAGACCCGAAACGAACCGAGGUGGUGCGGGAGGACGACACGAUAUUCCAGUUUGCCGAGGAUGGCACUGCGCCGGCGCCAGAAGCCCCAAGAAUCAUCCUGGACGAGCCAUCACUGGAUUUGCUGAAGGGCAGCAAGGUGGACUUCACCCAAGAGUUGAUCGGAGCGCAGUUCAAGAUCGUGGACAACCCUCUUGCAACGUCCAGCUGCGGCUGCGGCACAAGCUUCGACAUUAAGGCAUAG